AUGGGCUUUGAAGGUGUCUGCACUGCUGUGUACGACUACACACCACAAGGAGAGAAUGAGCUAGCCUUUGCAGAAGGUGACUUAUUGUACAUACUGGAUAAGUCGUCAGACGACGGCUGGUGGAAAGCAAAGAAAAAAACCACUGAGUUUGAAUCCGAGGAGCCUGUCGGAUUGAUCCCUCAUAACUACGUGGAAGAGGCACAACCAAUUCAGCAAGCCAAAUCCAUCUACGAUUAUACGCGACAAACGGACGAAGAGGUGUCGUUUGCAGACGAUGUUGAUAUUUUAAUUUUUGACACCUCUGACCCUGACUGGACACUGGUCCAGGUAAACUCCGAGUAUGGGUUUGCUCCGUCGAAUUAUAUUCAAGUGAUAGGUGAUAUCGAAGCGCCUGGAGCUGAAGCUGCAGCACCUCCUGCAAUCGAAACCCAUAAAGCGGUCAAGUUCGCAGAGCCUGAACCGGAGGCUCAACUUGAACCUGAACCAGAACCGGAACAGGAACAGGAAACCCCCCCUGCUCCUCAAAUAGCUCCAAAAGCACCUGCUGGACCAGCCGCCGCCCUCGCUGGAAUACUACACACCCAACAACCAAGCGAAUCUAGAGCUGUCCCUCCUCUUCCGUCUCGUGAAUCCCCAGCAGCAGCACAAACAGUAGAGCCCGCGCAUGAGGACGACGAGGUAGAAGCCCCAGCUCCUGCCCUUCCACGCCGACCGCCAUCCCAACAGGAAUCUCCGAGGGAACAUUUGCCCUCCCCCAGGGAAUAUCGACCUCCUCCAUCCCCUAGAGACCAUUUGCAUUCGCCAACGGGCUUUUCCCGUGAGGGAUCUCGUGCACUGUCUCCACAUGAUUCCCUCAAGCGAGAAUCGACAGGAGGUGUCCAGCCCUCUCCUCCAUAUAGUAGGCUUGCUCUUCGAGAUGACAUUUAUCCCCGCCAUACAUCAACAUCGCCCUCAGGAUACCACAUAUAUAACAUCAGUGAAAUGAUAUCAAUCAUGGGGAAGAGGAAGAAGAUGCCAACAACCCUUGGAAUUAAUGUUGCGGCUGGAACCAUUUUCAUAUCGCCAGAAAAGUCAGAGGAUGGCCCUCUCCAGGAAUGGACUGCCGAAAAACUAAAGCAUUAUUCUAUUGAGGGUAAACAUGUGUUUGUCGACCUUGUUCGACCCAGUAAAAACGUCGAUUUCCAUGCUGGAGCCAAAGAUACUGCCCAGGAGAUAGUGGCUGCUCUCGGUGAGAUCUCUGGCGGAUUCAGGGCCGAAGGAUUGAGAGAGGUUAUAGCAGCUGGCACCAGCGGAGCCAAGAAGAAGGGAAUUAUUCUUUAUGAUUUUGUUGCCCAAGGUGAAGACGAAGUUUCUGUGGGUGUUGAUGAUCAAGUUAUCAUCUUGGAUGACUCCAGGUCCGAAGAAUGGUGGAUGAUCCGACGGGUAAAGAACGGAAGAGAAGGUGUCGUUCCCAGCAGCUACAUCGAAAUAACGGGAGUUGCGGACUCAGGAUUAUCCGGCGUAAAUGCUGGGUUAUCAUCCGUUGAACAAAACAGGCUAGAAGAAGCACGUCUAGCUAAACAGUCAACCCGGUCCUCAAAGAGACAAGACUCGGAUGGGACAGGGUCCAUAGAGGUAGGCCCAGGUGUGAAAUUGCCGCGCAGACGGAGCAGUCUUGGAAGAAUUGAUGGUAACCAACAGUCACAGCGCUCGAGACGAGAGAGCAAAUCAUCAAAGUCAAAGCCGAAUCCCGCAAAAACGAGAAAAUGGACCGACAGGUCCGGCACCUUCACCGUCGUUGCCGAAUUCAUUGGUCUGGCAGACGGCAAAAUGCACCUUCACAAGCAGAAUGGCGUAAAAAUUGCUGUCCCAGUCUCCAAGAUGUCUAUUGAAGACUUGGAAUAUGUUGAAAAGGUUACUGGUGAGUCUCUUGAUGAAGAUAAACCUCUAUCUGAUAUCCGCCGCCGUAGCCAAAUGGGAAGCGAGCGCAAAGUUGUAGGCGCUUCUAUCAAGAAGGAGCCGGAAUACGACUGGUUCGACUUCUUCUUGAGAGCUGGAGUUGGACCCCAUCAGUGCGAACGGUACGCAAGCAACUUUACCAAGGAUUCAAUGGACGAAUCAGUCAUCCCAGAUAUCACUUCGGAUGUUCUUCGCACCUUGGGAUUGAAGGAAGGAGAUAUAAUAAGAGUGAUGAAGUAUGUUGAAGAGAAAUACAAGCGGAAGGCUAAGGGAGGUCGGAAUGUCACAUUUGCGGAUGGCGAUGAAGAGCCUGCUGCCGGGGGUCUGUUUUCCGGUCCUGGUGGUGCCUUACGGAAUAACACUCGCAAGGGACGUCCUACACCAGCAUCUCAAGCCAGCGACGUGGUUGAUCCAAAAGCCUUUACACCUAAAGAUAAAUCCGAGCCCGCUGAAGGGAAAGGCGCAUCAACAGACAAGGAGAAAGACGGCCCUACAGGAUUCGAGGAUGAUGCAUGGGAGGUUAAGACCCCAACUAAACCUGCAGCUUCAACCGCACCAUCCUCCGCUCCAACUGCUGCAGCAAGCCAGCCAGCAUUGACUGGCGCUAUGGCAGACCUGUCCCUGCUCCAGACCCCCUUAGAGCCCACGAAAACCGCUCCAGCCCCCGCUGCCAAACCAGCUGAGCCGGCUGUCACCCAACCUCCAGCUACUCAAGCACCACCAGCAGCUCAACCUCAGAAUCCAGGCGCAAACCCUCAGUUUUUUGCACAACUUGGCCAGCCUCAGAUGCAGGCUAUUGCGCCGCAGAUGACUGGAUACGUCCAACCCCAACUCCAGCCCCAGCAAACUGCUAUGCCACCUCGACAACGCCCUCAGCCCCCUACUACAGCAGCUAAUCAAGGGUUCCUCACUCCUCCACCACCCCCUCGACCAUUCUCUGCACCCAAUAACCAACCAGCACCAAACGGCUUUGUAACACAGCCGCUACAACCCCAACUCACUGGCAUCCCAUCCACGGCUCCACACAUAGCUCCACCCGGCCAUAGCCUGGCAGAACUCAAUCAACAGCGAUUCCAACAGCAGCAGUUGGCACCUCAGCCAACAGGAUUCCCUUCUCAGGUUCCAGGAAUGACCGGCCAGUUUGGUUCUCAGGUACCUUUUAUGAAUUCUCCCCAGCAGUUCAUGGGUGGCCAGCAACAGCCCUUCCAGACCAGCUCGCCUGCGCAGCAAGGGUUCCCGGCUUUGGCUCCUCAACCCACGGGUUAUCCUCAAUUUGGACAGCAACAGCAACCGCCCAUGCCAACGGGAUCUAUCAACUCCGUUCUCCCCACUCCCCUACAGCCCCAGCGCACAGGUGCAAACGGUUUUGGAAUCAAUCCAAGCUUUACCCCAUCACCACCUCCAAUUCCACAGCAGCCUGCCGCUGCACCACUUCUUCCUCAAAAGACGGGCCCAGCUCCUCCCGUACGUUUUGGUGUCCACAAAGAUGCUGCUGCAAAGAAAAUCAUGCCACAGCCAACUGGAAAGGCAAAUCUCGCUCAAGCAACCCCAUCCAAUCCAUUUGGUUUUGCCUAG